AUGAAACUACAAGACGAUUUUGCUUCCUUUAUCUUCCUCCUCCUAUCCAUUGUGUGUGUUACUGAUGGUUGCCAUGAGGAAAGGGCAGCUCUGUUGAACUUUAAAUCCUUUCUUGCAGACCAUUCAAAUCACUGGUCUUCAUGGCAAGGGCAAAACUGCUGCAGCCGGCUUGGCAUUCGGUGUUCAGACUUACUGCAUGUUAUAGCUGUCAACCUCCGGAAUCCCAAUCCAGACAGCUUCAUACUCAACAUCAACUCACAACUUGUUUCCACUUCAGACUCCAAGACCAGUACUGCUGUUCAGGGCCAUAUACCAGCACAGAUUCAAGGACUUGGAAAUAUUAGAUUCUUCUUACUGUCGGACAACAAACUCUUUGGUAAGAUCCCGCUCUCUUUCUGUGGCCCAGAUAAUGUUCUAUUGCUCCUUGAUCUUUCUAAUAACAUGCUGGUGGGAAGAAUCCCUAUCAGUGUAGGAAAUUGUACAUAUCUUCUUGUCCUCAACCUUGGAGGGAACAAACUCAGUGGAAACAUUCCAAAUGUACUCAAGGCUGCAAAAUAUCUUACCCAUCUAGAAUUAAGUGACAAUCACUUUGAUGGCCCUUUCCCAAGUUUCAUUCAGAAACUUGAGAAGUUGGAGGUUCUGAUGUUGGCGAAUUACAGAUUAGAAGGAAAGAUUCCCAGAUUCAUUGGAGACCUCAAAAACCUCCAUAUUCUUGUGUUAAGAUCAAACUCCUUCAAUGACUCAAUCCCAGCAGAGAUUAACAAGCUAGAAAAACUGCAAUUUCUGGACUUCUCAAACAAUUAA